AAUAAUAUCUCGUUAAAAGGUUUUAAUGAAAUCAAUCAAAGGUUGCAACAUUAUUAGAGCUGAAUAAAUAGAAUAGAGAUGGCAGCACUGCCAGUUUGCAUGCUGGGGUGCCGAGAGUGGCCGAGAGGCGACGCAAGGGAUGAUAAACCCGAAAAACGUCCGGCGUUUAAAAUACAAACAAUAACAAAGGAAAUAAAUAUAUUUUGCUUGCAACUUUUGCCAAAAUAGCGUUGCCGCGGUUGCCAGUAAUUAUAGCUACUUUCCAUUUUGAAAGUUGGUUUUUGUACAAAAAUGUUUAAAAAUUAGGCCCUGUUGUUGGUUGAAGAGACCGUCAAAACAUCAAGAAAAUAUGAGUAGAGAUCUAAAAAACCAGAACCCAUAUGCAAAGACCUAUGGUGGCAGAGGUAGAGGAACCAGCAUUAAAAUUGUUGAACUUGCGACAUCAUCUCCUUCAAACUCAAAUGUUCGGAAGAUGCCUGACACAGUUUGGGUCAACAGUUCAAACUAUGAGAGGGAUGAUUCCGAGUGGAUCCCAAGGAAAACAACAGGCACAAGAGGAAGAGGCAGAGGUCGAGGAAGGGGCAGAGGGAGAGGCAGAGGACAUAAAACUGCAACUGACAGAGAUCCUCUGGCCUUCUGUCAAGACCAAUAUGUCCAGCCAGAAGUUGUUAGUGUGCAGGUGAUAUCAGACUUGCCAGACGAGGAGUCGGAGGAAGAAGGGGAGACAUCUUCAAAGAUUUUGGAGUCUGACAAUGAAAGUGAACAAGAGGAGGAAGAAGAUUCUUGUGAUGAGAAAAUGCUUAAAUGCAGUAAUUGCAAAGGCAUGUUUAUCAACGAGAAGGAGAUUCGUUACCAUUACAGAAUGGUGCACGACUUCCCGUUCUGCUGCAAAGUGUCCCAGUGCGUCCGAGCCUUCAAAUCACAGUCUGAGCUGAAGAGGCAUUUGCAGGUGGGACACAAGGAAGGGCCCAAGAGUGUCUUUGAGUGUCCAAAGUGCUCUUUUUGGGCGUGUGACAAGCCUUCCCUCAUAAAGCAUACGGCGCUCAAACAUGAAAACAGCUUCAAGUGCAAAACCUGCCAGAAGUCUUUCAAAUCCCAAUCUCUUCUAAUUAGCCAUCAAAAGACGGCACAUGAGAGGGGCCAGCAGUGUUUCUAUUGUGACCGUUUCAUGAAUCUGACUAUAUUUGCCAAGCACAGUGCCCCCACCAACUGUCAGUACUGUGGAAUGAAAUUCAACUGCUCCGUCUGGCUGGCAAAACAUCAAAUUAGAGACUGCAAUAGAGAUGUCCCAACCACCAGCACUGAGACUUCAGCAGAAACUAACACAUCCUCACCUGCCAAGCAAAUUGGCAAAUCUAUGGAUCAAGUUGAAAACACAGAAUUAACUAGAACUGCAAAGCCCAUACUUAGUCUGAAUGGGAGCCUUGUACUAGAUAGCGCCAGGUCUUCUGACACCGUCAUUGUGCUUGUAAACAACUCUUCGAAUCCUGUGACAACUGUAUCCAAUGGCGUGAACAGUUUCAAUGUUGGCCCAUCUUUUGAGGCAAAUCAGAGUACAAUGUUUGGCACCUUAGUGAACCAUAGUGCCAUUCAGGACGACAAAAGUGCAACAAUUAGGGAAAUUUCUGAAGAAAAUGAGGGUGACGAUCAUUCUGUUGGUGGAGAUGGGCCUGACAAUACUAUGGAUUGUGACCUUGACGAUGAUGAUCUUUUGGCUUCAAUUGCUGCAGAAGCCAACCAAGCCAAUCAGGAUGAAAUUACAGCAGAUUUAGACACUGUGGAGGAAGUAUUUGAUGAGCUACAACCUGCUCCUUUUCCUUUAGAAGAGUUCAGGAAAAAAGCACUGGAGAAGCCUGCUUCCCAGAGAACCGCCGAGGAAAUCAAAGCAAUGAAAACAAGCACAUUUGACCGAGUCAACGCUAGGCUGAGAGAGGCUGGACUGCCUUAUGAAGCAAAAGUAAAGCGAGCAGACGGAACAACUUUGAUCAUCCAGAAGGAAGCAAGAGCAAAGCUAAAGCCAGCCUGUGAUCCAAACAAACACAGGCAAAAUAAGACAGUCAAUCAGUUUAUGUGUCACCUCUUCACUGAGGAUUUACGAGAAGAAAUUUUGAAGAAAUUCUGGAACAAGAGCAAGAAAAAUAAAAUGGAAUUUGUCAUGUCUUCAAUAGAAAUUUUGGCUCCGCUUCGCAAGACUUCGUACGAUGUUAGAGGAAGAACCUUCACUUUCCGUUAUUUCUUAAACACCAGAGACGGACAGAGGCACAGAGUCUGUCAGAACAUGUUCAGAGCCACCAUUGGUUUACCAGACACCACCUACAGUGGCUGGCUUCGUAAGCAUAUGAAAAGGCAAAACAUUCCACCUCCAGCCCCAAGAGGUAAGCCUCCUCGCCAUAAGAAAGGUGUUUUGGUGGCAAGAAGAAAGACAUUGGAGAACUUCCUUGAGGUGGUGCUCAAAGACAUUGAUGAUAGUGCAGUUCCUCUUGUCCAAGAAACCUACAAGGGAAUGCCAGUCGUCAGGAUAUGUCAGAAACGAAAAUCAAUGCAGUCUUUGUACAAGCAAUACUGCUCUGUUGUUGAUGACCCUGUUUCUCAAAAUACCUUCAUCAGAUGCGUGAAAAAGAAGAACAUGCCAAUGCAUUUGGUGAAAGCAAGCCGAAUUAUGACCGCAAGGAGCACUGAAGCUGCAGAAGAUGAUUCCCAAUCGCACCAGUAAUGGAUCAUUAAAAAUUGACCAAAGUUCUGAGGCCUUGAAAGAGUAUGCUACACUUAUGAAGUAUUUCAGUUUCCUGCGUCAGAAAAUUUUGUAUUCCUUAAGUUGCAUAAAGAUGCAAAACAAAAUCUUCAAGAAGAAAUUUAAGAUUAAAUUUCUUUGACUUGUACUUUUGAGAAAUAUUGAAAUAGAGUUUACGAAGAAAUCAAUGAAAUCAUAAAGCAUCGA